GCUUCCUCGAUGAAUGGUGUGGAAUCAGUUUCCACAGAUGAAGUCUUUCAGGUCAUGUCUGGCUGCUCGUCGCAGGAUCCUGCCGUGCUCCAGGCCUCCAGUGCGCGCUUGAAAGAAUUACUGAACGUUUUUGGUAUAUAUGAGGCCUUGCAUGAAAUCGCCGCCCAAAAGGCUGUACCUCUUCAUAUUCGCCAGCAGGCCAUAAUCCAAUUCAAGAACAGCGCUGCACAACACUGGCGAUCCCGAAAGGUGAUCUCAGACGAGCAAAGAAUAAGCAUUCGAGCGCGCACUUUCACAUUUCUCGACGAGCAGGACGACACUAUCGCCGAAUGCAACGAACAUAUAGUAGCCAAGAUUGCGCGAAUAGACUUUCCCACCAACUGGCGAAACCUCGUCGACGACCUUCUUCAGGGUAUCCAAGCGACAUUUCAAAAGCAUUUCUCCGACCCUGUCAAUGAAAAUGCCCAAGAUACACUACUUCUUCGUCGUAGCCUCAAGCUACUAAGUACGAUCUGCAAAGAGUUCUCGAGCGUUAAAAUGCCGUCUGGUCUCAAGACAAUGGCUAUGAUUGUGAGCAAGUCCCAGAGCAUCCUAGCUGGGCUCUAUUCCUCUUUAAUAUCCACCUAUCUUAAAAACCCGUACCCGGGCAUCAUCUCUCCUCGAACUUGCACGGACCUUUUGCUUGGUCACCUUGUUUUCAAGUCUGUCUCAAGUAUAGCCACUUGGCUGUUCAUGCGCCUCACUUCUGCCAAAAGCGAAAUCGACCCUGUAGCGGCUCUCAAUUGGAUCGCGACCCUCGUCGCAGAGACAUUCGAAGCUCUAAAGCAACUCACGAAAUUGCGCCUUCAGAUUAUUCGGGAUGUUGGUGCCGGGCUCAAGUCGAAUGCAUUUGCUUUACGCUCGGUGCAUGUCUUAACCAAGCAUAUACGUUCUAUCGGCAAAUUCCUUCGGCGUCUCCAAGAACUUUCUGUUCUGCGCUUCUCCGCUCUCCCCUGUUGCCCAGAUCUUGUGGCUUGGUACUGGAGCCAGCAGGCAAAACUUGCUCUUAAAAGAACCCGCUUUAAACCUGACCAGUGUUCAGAUACGACAGAGGCCCCAUAUCCUGUUCGGUUUCUUGUUCAAGGAAUGGUUCUUUUCAAAGAGAAUCUUAGUCAGUGGAAACCAACCCGGAGAGAUGGCGUCGAGAAUGCAAACGCCUUGCCCACAAAUUUCGUCGAAGUCGCCGUGGAGACUCUUAUCCGGCAAUUUAUGCCUUUGAAGGACGCUGAACUUACCGAGUGGAUGAACGACCCCGAACAAUGGGUUAACGACGAGGAUAGUGUUAAUGAACAAUGGGUCUUCGAAAUACGGCCUUGUAGCGAGCGUGUACUGAUGGCGUUAUCCGUCGCAUUUCCUGACACUGUUGCAACACUACUUCUCAACCUUUACAACAGCUUCGGCACAAUACCCGCUAAUGACCUGCAACAAGUCAUUCAAAAAGAAGCACUAUAUUGUGCUAUUGGGCGUUGUGCCCCAAAGCUCAAGACCAUACUUCCAUUCCAGCAAUGGAUGCAGACCACAUUGGCAGCUGAGGCUCAAAGCACUAACUCUGUUUAUCCAAUCAUCAAACGCCGCAUCGCAUGGCUUCUCGGCAAACUUGUGAUCGCUGAUUCAUGUAUUGCCGUCACUGAUCCGUUGUUGUGGCAAAUUCUCGUCCAUCUGAUCCGAGAUCGGGGACCCGGAUCAGAUGCUGUUGUUCGUCUCUCUGCUGCGAUAGCGCUAAGGGAGUGCAUUGACACUCUCGAAUUUAACAUCGAAGUGUUUGCUCCUUUCCUCCCAGACGUUGUGUCCGAACUGGUUAAGUUAUUGGGCGAGGUCGACACCUUCGAGAUGAAACGUCGAGUGGACUACACAUUGAAUGUCGUCAUCGAACAAGCGGGCGAGCGAAUUUCGGACCUGGUACCCAUCAUAGCGGAUCCAAUCCCUAGAUUCUGGCUGGACGCCUCAGAGAAUUUUGCCUUCAAGUCUACAUUACUCGAGACUGUUACCAAACUCGUUGAAGCCACCAAACAACGAUCAACAAGUCUGCAUGGCUUGGUGGUGCCACUCGUGCGAGAAGGACUAAUGCCAGAGGUCGCUUCUCAUCUGGAUGAAGAUGCUCUUACUCUUUGGCUGGCGGCUUUGCGCCAUACAACCACUCUCCAGAACACGACCGGUGUCGGUCUGGUUGAAUUAUAUCCUAAGGCAGUCGCGCUCCUCGCCACAAACUUGGAUCUGCUUGGCAAAGCGACAGAUAUCAUCGUUGCUCAUUUAUUGGUUGAUGCUUCCACCAUUCUCCAGACGUCUGCUGUGGAUUUAUUCCGCGCUUUUGUCAACGCGCUUUCGAGCGCUGCAGUUGAAAGAAACAUCAAAGACAUGAUUUUGGCACUUAAUUUACUCGUUCAACUUGCUCCUUCGGCUCUGUGGGGUGAACCAAUGCACACCUCGGGUUUGUUUUCUGUACUUCUGAAGACGAUUGUGGAGGGCGAGACGAAGGCUCAGGCCCAAAUUCUCAUGGAGCACAUCCUAUUAAUGUCUCGCAUCGUGAUGGCAGACCCACAAAUGUUUUUACAGCUGAUGGCUGCAACUGCAACCCCUAAUAUGAGCGAAAACAAAUUAUACGAACUCCUCCUAGACCAAUGGUGGGGCACGUGGGACAAUAUGUCGGAAGCCAGACAUCGCAAGCUCUCGGCGAUGGGUAUGGCAGCCCUGGUUUCAACUGCAAGGCCAGAUGUCCUGGAAAGACUACAUGGCGAUAUAUUCAAUAUGUGGACCGAUGUUCUGCUUGAACUGAAAGAAGCCAUGCAAGCGGCUGCUUCCGAUGACGGAGAAUAUCAAGUUUCCCUUCACCGGCAUUGGGAUCUGGACGAGGCGCCUUCUGACUACUACCAAGAUACGGAAGGUACUCUCGAGUACGAACGUCGCAAAGCUUUAUACGACCAUGACCCUGUUCGGACGGUCAAACUAACUGCAUAUAUCGCUGAGAAGUUGAAUGCGGCCCAGACUCAAUGCGGGCCUCAAGCAUUCCAAAUCAACUACCUAUCCAAAGCGGAUCCAGCAGUGCUGGCCCAAAUCCAGAACGAGCUCGCUCAUUGA